UCUUGUGUGGGAGCCACGGGGCAGAUGAUGGGUUGGCUGCUGUUGCUGGCUGCGCUAGCACUGAGAGGCUCUGCUGAGGAUCCAGAUUUGGUUUGCUACAGGAACUGCAUGCAAUGCAAUUUCAUCUGCACUUGGAGAGCUAAGACCACACCAGGAAACGCCACCUAUAUUCUUAAGUUCUGUUAUCACAGAACCUAUUCCUGCAAGGAAUUCAAGAUGGCAUCCUCCACUCACUACCGCUUUUCUUAUCGGACGUGGCCGGUCCUAGAGAACCUCACUGCCUGGGUGGAAUCCCACAGUGGAGGCAGAGUCGAGAGGACCCAGAACAUCACUUUGCAACUGGAGAAUGCCAUCAAAUUGGAUCCACUGCCGCCUGAUCAAAUAACGUUCUCUAAAUCCAAUGGUACCCUGAGGCUGACACUGCAGCAGCUAGAUAACUGGAUUGUCACAUACGAACCAUUACGAAGGGAAGCUCGGUACAGACAGAUGAAGGGCACCAAAUGGACACAGGUGGCGUGUCAGACACAAGGUGAAUACAAGGGUAACAACAUAACAGUGAUAUGCAACUUGGGAACAACAACAGCCUGCGAAGUCCAGAUUCGGCACAAAAUGGCCCAUUGGAGCACCUACUGGAGCGACUGGAGCAAAUCCAUCUUUGUUCCUGAGGAAAUUCCAGAAGUGAAUUACACGGUGGGGAGACUCGGGAGGAACGGACAGAGAAAUGUGACAUUCCAUUGGCAGGAAGCCCGUGAGGAGCAGUGGAAAGUCUAUUACACGCUGGCUCUCUACAUGCCAGCGUGCAGGUGCACAGAGCUGAAGAAGGAGGUCCCUGAAAAGGAUGAGACAACACUGACCUUGGCUCUCUCUGGGGCAGAGUAUCACCUUUCUAUGAGCGCAUCUAACCCAGCAGGGAGAGGCCCUGUGCGGACGUAUCGCAUUCCUCCAGAACAUCGCACAGAAAUGAGCUUUCUGAAUGUCAGCUCAUCUGGCAGCAACGUGACAGUGCAGUGGGCAGCAAAGACCAAUGGGACCUUCUACUGCAUUGAGAAGCAACCCCUGGAAGACCCCCAGGAGGACCACAAGGAAUGUAUCCACAAAAAACUCUUUGAGAAGGACAGCUAUAUGGAUACAGGGACAGUGAAACCCAGGAAGUGUUACAGAAUUGCCAUUCAUGGAGGGGGACCAGAGAAGCACUGGACGUUUGGUUCCAUGUACCACUUUGCUACGAACACUUCUUUGGAUGGGCCCAUUCACAUCCGGAACAUCACAGCAAACUCUGCUUUCCUGCUGUGGAAGCCAUCACUGCUCUCCCAAUGCCCCGGCAUGCUGAAGAAAUACAUCAUCUGCUACACAAGUGAGCAGGACAACGGAAUGGCACAUCAUGAAGUGAACUCCUCAGCGACGCACUACACCCUACAGGACCUGCAGCCCAGCACCUCCUAUCGAGUUGGGAUUCAGGCAGCCACAGCAGACAGAGAUGGGUCCUGCAGUCCCCGGCACCUGUUUAACACCAUGAAGCUCGGUCCCAACCCUGCAGAGUGGAAGCUCAACCUCAGGUACCUCAGUAUUUUCCUAGGCGUCCCUGUCCUGGCUGUGUUUUACCACUUCCUCAAAAAGAGGGCCAAGAAAAUGCUAUUCCCGCCUCUGCCCAACCCCAUGGACAGCGAAGCCAUCAAGUUCCCAGCUGAGGAGAUAAGCCAGGUGAAGCCACGGCCAGGCUUUGUGGAGCCGUCAGAGAAAAUCAGCCCAACAGGACCGCUGGUGACCAAGUUUAUCUCGGACAAAGGGGAGCCUGAUAUGAACACAGAGACGCAUUCGCUGCAUCUCUACACCGUGACUGAAGAAACGGCAGAGAUGUUACAGGCCAAGGAGGGGCAGGCAGGCUCUGAGAAUGACCUGCCAUUUGAGUAUAGAAGGCAGGUGCUUCUGACCCCAGCGGAAGAGGAACAGGAAGAAGAUGAUUUCAGAGAAUUCGCUGGUGUUUGUGGUCAAAAUAACCUUGCCGAAGCAGGCACAGGGCCUUCUCAGCCCCACCCAGACGAGGGUGCUGCCAUGGAGCAGACAGGGCUCUCUCGGCCUCUGGUACAGCUCUCCUUGCUGCUCUCAGACAAGCCCGUCAUCAUAAAGAAUGAGGGCAGCUUUGACCUUUUACAUAAGUGAACCUUGUCUUGAGGGUUCAGCUGGGACAGCCUGGGAAGACAGAGUGUUGCAGUGACAAGGCACCAUGUGCUCAGGCCUGUCUGGGCAGAGACCCCAUGGUGCAGGACACGGGAGCCUCAGCAGAUCUCCUGAGAGACUUCCGAUCUCAGUCUCUUUUUUCAGAGUUUGAAUGUGAACUCUUUGCAGCAGGGGCUGUCGUUUAUUAUACAUGUCCCAGUCCCACAAUGAAACACUGAAGAGGAAGACAGAUUUCAGAGCAGUAGCCAUGUUAGUCUGUAUCAGCAAAAACAAGGAGUUGUUUUUACUGAAUAGGAUGAAUGAACUGUUCAAACAUCCUUUAUAUUUUGAUGUGUGAGAAAAGGUCCCACAGUCCAGCCAUGGUCUCCUAUUUUCUCAUAUUCCAGAGCCCCUUUCCUUGAUUAGUAUCAGGGGGGAGCCGUGUUAGUCUGUAUCCACAAAAACAGCAAGGAGUCUGGUGGCACCUUAAAGACUAGCAGAUUUAUUUGGGCAGAAGCUUUUGCAUCUGAAGAAGUGGGGUUUUUUAGCCACGAAAGCUUAUGCCCAAAUAAAUCUUUAGUCUUUAAGGUGCCACCAGACUCCUUGUCAUUUCCUUGUUGAGAUUCUGUACGGUGGCAAUAACCAGGGGUCGUGAUUUUGCAGGCGGGAGUUUCCUUACAGAAUGGGGAUCAUCUCAUCACCUAAGAAAUCCCCAGAGGUUUGUUCUUGGCACCGAUCAGGAACACGAGCACGCUCCUCUGUUUGUAAAUGUGCGUUCCCUCUGCUGCCCCACGCCAAACAAUCUCACUUUCAGCAAGAGAGAAUCCCUCAGCUCACAGGCCUCUGGAGCAGGGUGUGUACUGCUCACGAUAACCAUGUACCACUGAGUCUCUGAGUCAGUGUCGGUCUGUGGAGUCAGGCCUCGCACCGCAGACCCUACUGGAAAGGAUAUACCAACUGCUGAACAAAACCAUUCCUGGAUAAAGACUUUGGUCACUAAAACUGACAAGCUGGUUACAGAUCCAAGUCUCUGUUCACCCACUACGCACAGAAGCGCAAAUACCCAAUAAUGCCAAAUGAGGGGGUGGUUUUAGGAUGCAAAAAUGGAGAAUAGAAUCAGCUAGAGACUAACAAACGUAUCUCCCUUUCAGAUUUGUGCUAGGGUUUGAAGCCAAGGUGGUGCUAAUGACCCCUGCCUGCUUAAUAUAGUUUGUAUAGUAGGAAGCUUGGAGAGCACCAAUAGGCCACACGCAGUAAUAGGAGCGAAUCCUCGACUCAAUGCUUAUUCCGUGGGUGAAGCUCAGAGACUAGCUUUCAUGUUUCAAGCUUAGGCUGUUGCAGGUAAUUCGUGUCUUAUUUAAGGCAAGGUUGAAUCAGCACUGGGGAUUGAGGGUUAACUUGUGGUUUGGCCUACAUGACACAUUUCUCGGAGACAGUCUCAGCACAUGCUGAAUGUUCAAAAACAUUUAGCAGCUCAGGAAAGUACAGGGAAAACCUGAUGCUACCAGAUGCUCAGCGACCUUCCCUGCACAAAAACAUCAGCGGCAUAUGAAUCAGGCUCAGUGGGCACACAGCUACCUGAGACACAGUUGGGGAGCUGCCUUGUCCUUCACCCUGCAAAGAUACCAGCUGCCUAAAAAGGUGAAUCUAGUCCCAAUGCCACUGGUUAAUGCAUGUGCAGAGCUGCUCAGCUCAUAUAGUACCAAUAAUCACUGUACUGCAAAGUGAUCGGAGUUUGUA